AUGCCUAACGACUGGUAUGCCAUAUUAGAAGUAGAACCUUCUGCUACUUCAAGUGAUAUCCGGUCUGCGUACAGGAAGCAGGCCCUUCGAUCUCAUCCAGAUCGCGCUCAAACAGAUGAUAAAGACCAAGCAACAGCUCAAUUCAAGCUUGUGGCCGAAGCGUAUGAAGUAUUGAGUGAUGAAAGAAAGCGUUGGGAGUACGACAGAUUCGAAUACCCGCUACUCUCAGGAGCCAUGCCGGAUGGUUAUGAGCCGCACGCAUCCAUGGCACCAAACGGGCACACGUUCGUUUGGGAAAGUAGCUUUGACUCUGCACGCCGUGCUCAGGGACGCAAUGGACCUGAUGCCUUUAGUCGUGCCGCUUUCGACCCUUUUGAGUUAUUCAACUCGAUGUUUUCUCGUGACUUUCACGAGAUGGAGGCCAGUUAUGGCUUGGACGACAGUUUCAACGCGAUGAACGACUGGCAUGGUAUGUCCACGUCGACCUUUGGUCGUCCCACUUCCUUCGGUGCGCCUCCCCCUGGAUUCAUGCGUGAGCCCAUUUUGGGUAUGCCAAUGCAUCAUGAUGCGCCAUUUGGUGGGGUAGGCAUGAGUCCGUUUGGGCUCAUGUCUGGUCUCUCGCCCAUGCAUACAAGUGCGCCGGGUCAAUCGAGUUUUUCCUCGAGUAUGUCUUCGCUCUCGUUUAAUGGAGGAAAUACUGGCGGUACAUCCGAGACACGGCGCACCACGGUGGUGAAUGGCCGUCGAGAGACAACUAUUACGAAACGCGAUGAACAUGGUAAUGAGACAGUCCGCCGCAUCUCGCCAGAUGGGGAGACUGUAUACGUAAAUGGACAAAUUCAGUCAAGCAUUGAAGCGCCGCAGCCUAAAGCAGUCGAAAUGGCGUCCGGCAAUACAGAGUCUGCCUCGAAAGAUUCACGGUCUGGUGAGUCCUCCGGCAGCUCGUCCUCGCGCCGCAAAAUGUGGAAGCUAUUUGGUAGAUAG